GGGUCAGGCAGAGACAGAGUUUAAGGUGGAAGUGGAAGCCAUUGGUAAAGUAAAGCAUAAGAAUUUGGUGGGUCUAAUUGGCUAUUGUGCUGAAGCUGCUCAAAGAGGCUAGGUUUUCCACUGUAAUAGUUUUGGCGGCAGCAGAAGGAAGCAGAAAGAAGAAAGAACCCUAACUCACCUUCUUCUCGACUGCAUCUGCUGCACCAGGUCUCGGCGGUAACAGGCCCAGCCUCUUCUUCUCGACUGCCUCUGCUACACGAGUGACAAAGAUGGUUUACCCUGAAGAAGAAAUCACGAGGCUUUACAGAGUUCGAAAGACGGUGAUGCAAAUGCUGAAAGAUCGGAAUUACUUAGUUGGAGAUUUUGAGAUCAACAUGACAAGAGAACAGUUCAAGAGCAAAUAUGGCGAAAACAUGAAAAGGGAAGACCUUACUAUCAAUAAAACUAAGCGAAGUGAUAGCUCUGAUCAGAUUUAUGUCUUUUUUCCUGAAGAACCAAAGGUUGGGGUCAAGACAAUGAAGACUUAUACUAACCGCAUGAAAUCGGAGAAUGUGCUCAGAGCUGUCUUGGUUACUCAACAAAAUCUGACUCCCUUUGCAAAGACCUGUAUCAGUGAGAUAUCUUCAAAGUUCCACUUGGAGGUUUUUCAGGAGGCAGAAUUGUUGGUGAAUAUUAAAGAGCAUGUGCUAGUUCCUGAGCAUCUGGUGCUUACAACUGAGGAAAAGAAGACUUUACUGGAGAGGUAUACUGUGAAAGAAACACAGCUUCCUCGGAUUCAGGUGACCGAUCCAAUUGCAAAAUAUUAUGGGCUUAAGCGUGGACAAGUUGUGAAGAUAGUCCGACCAAGUGAGACUGCAGGACGAUAUAUCACCUACCGCUACGUUAUUUAAUUGUUUUUAUUGUUAGUGCAGCUUGAUUCUGAAAAGGAGCUCUAAAGGGAAGAGACUGCAAUUAGGAUUUUAGUCAACUUGAUGUUUUGAACUCAAUUUUGCGCAUUCCUCAGUAGUGCAUGUGAUGUUAGCUCGUGUGGAGCUGAUUUCCAGUUGUCUACAUACUGAUAUUGUUGUCACACCACCUCCCAUCUCAAAGUACACUUGCUAAUGUUGCCCUUUGAGACCUUACAUUGAUGUCUCAGGUAUAAAUGGACGUUUAUGUAAAAAUUUAAGAAUAUGGAUGAAUGAAGUAGGGUUUUGGCUUA